AAGAUAAUUAUUGCAUGAUCGGUGGUAGCUAAACUUGUUAGUACAAACGUUCUAUUAAUUCCAUGAUUUGGUGCUUAUGUACGGCAAGCUCACUAAUUACUACCCAAAAUCUUGUAAUGAUAUUCCUGUCUAAUAAACAAAGGAAGGAAUCGGUAGUGCACCAAAUCUUUAGACUGUUUGCUCUGCAAAUGUCCCCAUGAACUUUCAGGUGAAGGUGGGCACGCUCAAUCUCUUAAAGUCAAUGCACCCACUGCUCCCAACUCCACUCGUGUUCUCCGGAUCUGGGUCACUCUCACCUCACCGCUUCCAGUUUCAACUUGCAAGUAGGUAACUUGAUUUGAGCUUGAUCAAUGCUGGGAAAGAACCACCUCACAAUUCAGAACCCAACUAGCAUUAUUCACGUCCUGCCAAAGACUAUCUUCCAGAAAAUUAGCCAGAACAUCAAAGACCAAAAUAUGCCUCAGGACGGUCUAAAAUCAGCUGUGUACAGAUCAUUCAUCACAUGUGAGGACCCUAAAGGAGUUGUGGAUUGUGGGAUGAUAAUGAGGAGAUCCAAGAGUAGUGGUGGUUCACAGAUAAUGGAUAAGCAGAAGAAGGUCGAGAUUCGGAGAAAUUCGAAGAACUCAAGUACCAGAUCAUCUUCAUUGGAGCUGAUCUCUCCAGAGAAGUUCCGAAAUUCAUCAUCUUCUUCUUCUUUUCAGAUAAUGGAAGUUUCUAGAGGAGCUCAGAGGCUGAACCACAUGAUUGAUUCCUGGUCCAAUGAGAAGAACAGAUUUGAUCAUGGCCAGUCUAAGGACAUUGCAAAAGAUCUGCUAAAAGGAGCGCUUGAUUUGCAGGAGAGUCUUGUUAUGCUAGGGAAAUUGCAAGAAGCCUCACAGUACUUGAGUAACUUGAAUAAAAAGCACUUGGGAAAUCCCCAAAGAGCUUACUCGAAUCGCCAUGGAGAUCAAGAUUAUGUGAAGCCAAGGCUUUCUUCUGAUGGCUACAUUUAUAGGAAUAGUAAUGAGGAACUCAAGAAGGUGAUCAGAGACAGUCUUGUGAGACAGAAAUUGUUGGAAGAUACUAGCACUGCUGAAAAGGGUUCUGCUUAUUCUCCUCAGAGAUAUAGGGAGUCAUAUGCAGCAAAUUCUCCUUCCACAAGCUCAAGCCAGUCCACUAUGUAUCAUAAUACUAGCGAGUAUUCCAGCGUUUCAUCACAAAAGGCAAAACGUCCAAGUCUGAUUGCCAAGCUGAUGGGAAUAGAAGAGUACCCUUUAAAUUCUUUGCAGGAGAGUGAGAAGAUCUCAAAUCCUCAGAGACCUUCUUUUGAAAUUGAUAGGCCAAAGGUGAGGAAGCCCCAGACUGCAUCUCAGAGUGUUGAUCCAGAGAAGAGGACCUUAAAGGAAGUUCUUGACACGAUGCGGUUUAAAGGUCUUCUGAGAAACAAUUCUUUUGAAGAGCCUAAGUUUGAUAUUAAUCAUUUCAAUCUUUUGGAAUUGGAGAAAAGAUUCACCAGUGAUAGUCCACCUAUUGUGUUGAUCAAGCCUAUUUCUGCUGAAUCCCCUGAAACGGAAGCCAAGGCACCAAUUGUUCGGGGAGAGGAAGCUUUCUACAACAGAAGGAUGGUCAAGAAACUGAGAUCACAAGGAGAGGUUUCUCCCCGAACAAUGAUUGCUAAAGAGGGAGCUUUGAAAUCUGACAAAGUGAAACAAAAGCUUGAAGUAGAAGAGACGCCAAGUAGAAAGACUAGCAAAGAAGGAGGAGCUAGAAAUCAUAGAGGGGAUGUGGACAAACAUGGAGAAAAAGAAGCCAAGAUGAAAGAAAUGGUUGCAAGACAGUUGAAAGCUUCUCAACCUGUAGUUAAGAAGCCACAGAAGGAGGAGUCAAUUGACAAGAGGGUUGGUAAGAUCCAAAAUGUGGCUGCUGAUAACAGGAAGUCUGCAGCAAAGGAUAUAGUGAAAGCUAAAACUGUGUCAAAGACAAAGUCUCAAGAUCAAGGCAUUGUGACAUCUGCUAAGGCAAGAAAGCCUGAAUCUGGAUCAAACAUCAUAAAGAGUCGAGUUUCUCGACAACCAAGUAAUGUGAUAAGUACAAGUUCAAAAUGUUCAACAGCACAAAAUGCAGAGCGUACUUCCACCGAAAGCAGAAGGAAUCAGUUGAGGAAGGAAAAACCGAUCAAGGAGCCUACAGGAGAAUCAAUUACCAAAAAUGUUGUGAGUGAAGAAAUUAUCAGGAGAACUGUUAUUUAUGAUACAAGUGAGUCUUCACUUAUCAGCUUCAACACUGAUUCUGCAGUUCAUCUCAGUAAAGAAGAGGAAAAGGAAACCUAUGGAUGUCAGAGUGAAGGGCGCUGCAUUAGCUUCCAGAGUUCUCUUUCUGAACCUACAUCACUGAGCUCUAUGCAAGAGACAAAACCUGAAUCUGCAGAAGUUACUGAAGAAGAAGCCUGUCAGAGUGGAAAGAAUGGAAAAACAGUCGGAAGUAGUGAAAACCUCAGAGAAAUUCUUUUGAACAAUGCAUCAUUUUUUAGCCAUGCUGAAGAGUUUCUUGAUCUUGAUGUGAAUGACUCUAUAAUCUUCCAACCACCUGGCGUCUCCAAUUUCUCCAAUUCUGGGGUGUGCAGAACAAGACUAGCUUUAGAUUGUGCAAGUGAGCUAGUCGAGUGCAAAAGCUUUCAACUUUCACAAACAGUUAGUCCUCUGUCACUAACAUUACAAGGAAAGUUAAGAGUUGGCCUAUCGGUGGACAAAUUGGUGGCAGAUGUCUGUAAUGAUAUGGAGAAUCUGAGAAGUUACAGCAAGCUUGCUGGAGAGAACCUUUUGGCAGAUAGUCUGUACUCAAUGUUGGAAAGAGAUGUAAUGUGCAAAGGAGUAGGCAAAGGAACAUGGGAUUUGGCUUGGAGGAAUGGAUUUACUGGCGAUGAAGCUGAGCAAGUAGUGAGUGACAUAGAGAGACUGAUUUUCAAUGCGCUGAUUGAGGAGGUAUUUGCAUAAUCCUACAUAAAUUUACACAGGUUUAAGGUAACCAUAGCACUCUGUUCUUUUUUUUUGUACAUAUAUUUAGCACUAGAGUUACUAGGAACUGAGUACUAGAAACUCUACCCUUGAUUGGCAUCUGGAAGCUAUCAUUGAUUAAAAUAUUUACAUAUGGUUCUUAACAGUAAGAUGACAUGUACUAACCUUAGAGGCAAGAUAACGGGUUCUGCAAAUUGGGGUCAUAAUUCUUGAGUUACUGUAAUUUCAAAAAUUCAAUUGUUGCCAUUUGUAUGUUUUCUUCAGAUUUAGAACUACUUUAGAGAAACAUAAGAUGAAACCUGUUCUUGCAGAAAACUCUGAAAUGACUCGGUUGUAUCACUUGUAUGCAUGCU